AUGGCAGCCUUCCUCUCUGCCGGCCUCGGGGUACUCGCAACCUCGGAGCCCUACACCCUGACCAGCUCCAGCUGGGAGCCCCGGCUGGACUCCCCAUUCCCGUCAGACCCUCCCACCGGGGCCCAAGUCGUGGCCGAGCCCGGCAAGCAGGGCCCCAAGAACCCGCGUGUGUCCAGUGUGACAGUUCAGCUGGAGAUGAAGGCUCUGUGGGAGGAAUUCAACCAGCUGGGCACGGAGAUGAUUGUCACCAAGGCAGGCAGGAGGAUGUUUCCCACCUUCCAGGUGAAGAUUCUGGGCAUGGACACGCUGGCUGACUAUGCACUGCUCAUGGACUUCGUGCCUCUGGACGACAAAAGAUACAGGUCUGGGGGCCGGCCAGGGGAGGCAGCUGGGACAGCAGGGGGCGGGGCCAGGAAGUCGACCCCUACCUGCACCCUGGGGUACGCCUUUCACAGCUCAGCCUGGCUGGUGGCGGGCAGAGCAGACCCGGCCACGCCCGGCCGGGUGCACUUCCACCCGGACUCGCCGGCCAAAGGGGCACAGUGGAUGCGCCAGAUUGUGUCCUUUGACAAGCUCAAGCUGACCAACAAUCUGCUGGACGACAAUGGCCACAUCAUUCUCAACUCCAUGCACCGCUACCAGCCCCGAUUCCACGUGGUCUUUGUGGACCCACGCAAGGACAGCGAGCGCUACGCCCAGGAGAACUUCAAGUCCUUCGUCUUCACGGAGACCCAGUUCACGGCCGUGACAGCCUAUCAGAACCACCGGAUCACCCAGCUGAAAAUCGCCAGCAACCCUUUUGCCAAGGGCUUUAGGGAGAGUGACUCAGACUCCUGGACUGUCCCUCCACGAGCCCUGCUCAGCAUCCCGACCCGGAGUCACAGCGGCCUCGGCCCCUGCCUGCUGAAGGGCUCCACAGAGGAGGGAACAGACUCCCACAAAGCUCCAGUCUCCAACUCCAGGACCUCCGCCCGGCUGCAACAUCAGCUGCUGGCCCCCCCUGAGGCUCUGCUGGCCCCAGCCACCUACCAGCCCCUCGCCUACCAGGGCCUGUAUCCUGGAGCCUCAAGCCCCCUCAGAAUCCCAAGGGCCCGACCAACACCAUACCCCCUCCCCAAUGUCCAGAACGACAGAGAUCAGGAGAGCCUGCCCCUCCCAGCUAGGCUGGGGCUCCUGUCCCCCACGGCCAUGUGCUUGGGGACUGUCCAGGACCCUCAGUGA